AUGAUAUGGAGGGGAUUGGAACACCUGAAUCACAUGAUAUGGAGGGGAUUGGAACACCUGAAUCACAUGAUUGGGAGGGGAUUGAAACACCUGAAUCACAUGAUAUGGAGGGGAUUGGAACAUCUGAAUCACAUGAUAUGGAGGGGAUUGGAACACCUGAAUCACAUGAUAUGGAGGGGAUUGAAACACCUGAAUCACGUGAUAUGGAGGGGAUUGGAACACCUGAAUCACAUGAUUGGGAGGGGAUUGAAACACCUGAAUCACAUGAUAUGGAGGGGAUUGGAACAUCUGAAUCACAUGAUAUGGAGGGGAUUGGAACACCUGAAUCACAUGAUAUGGAGGGGAUUGGAACCUCUGAAUCACAUGAUAUGGAGGGGAUUGGAACACCUGAAUCACAUGAUAUGGAGGGGAUUGGAACACCUGAAUCACAUGAUUGGCAAUUUAGUGUAUCUGCAGUGUACAUUACAUAAGAAGAAUAGGGGAGGAUGUGCCACUGAA